AUGGUCAUGGACCAGCAAAAUCGGCAGGCGUGCAGGGCAGAUCCAGACCCUUGUGAGAGACUGAAAGAGUUAAUGUACGUCUCAAACAUUGUGGCAAACCAGGUUGCGGUCUGCAUGGCAAUGGUGGGCCGCAGCCCAAGGGAAUCACGAAACCGCUACGACCCCGAGUCACCCAGUCUGGGUCGUAACAACCCUCUGCCGUGGGUAGCCAGCGGGUAUGUCCUGGUCCCAGCAGAGACUCUGCAAAGGAUUGUCUCUACUCUAGCGAACAAAAAUGAUGAAAUUCACAACUUCAUUGACAUGCUGAACCAUACAAUAAAAAAUGUUCAGGUAAACUCUUCUAAUGCAAUCAGUGAGUUGGAUGAAGAAUUUGAUGGUCUGUAUUCUAUAUUGGAUGAGAUGAAGGGGAGUAUGGCCAACACUAUUCAGCAAGAAGAGGCUCGUAAAAUUCAAGCUCUGCAGGAUCAGCUUAGCCAGUGUAGUAAUGCCCUAGAGAGUUCUGAAGAGCUUCUGGAACUUGCUGCGCAGUCACUGGACAUAAAGGACCCUGUGGAAUUCUUAAAGGCUGCCAGACAGAUCAAAGAUAGAGUCACAAUGGCUUCAGCGUUCCGCAUCUCUCUGAAACCAAAGGUCAGUGAUAGUAUGACUCAUUUGAUGGUGGACUUCACUUUGGAAAGGCGCAUGCUCCAGGCUGUAAAGUUUUUGCCAGUCCCUAAAGCUCCAGAGAUAGAUCUAACAGCAUGUCUGGUUGCUGAUAACUGCAUAACAGUAUCGUGGAGAAUGCCUGAAGAAGACAGCAGAAUUGAUCAUUUUGUACUGGAGUAUAGGAAAACCAACUUCGAUGGGCUUCCUCGAGUAAAAGAUGAACAGCGCUGGGAACUGAUAGACUAUAUUAAAGCUACUGAAUAUACAUUAUCAGGUCUGAAAUUUGAUACAAAAUACAUGAACCUUAGAGUACAAGCUUGCAACAAAGCUGUGGCAGGGGAAUACUCCGAUCCUGUGACUCUGGAGACCAAAGCAUUUGUGUUCAGUUUGGACAGUACUUCAUCUCAUCUGAACUUGAAAGUUGAAGGUACCUAUGUUGAGUGGGAUCCUGCUGGAGGCAAAGGCCAAGAAAAAAUAAAAGAGAAGGAAAAUAAAAGCAGUGGCCAGAAUCCUCUGCUGAAGAGCAAUAGAAGAAGUGGUGCACCGUCUCCAAAGAGGACAUCUAUUAGCACAAGAUCCUCAGUGAGGGGCAGCAGAGAUCAUUUUACUGGUGAAUCAUACACAGUGUUGGGAGACACUGCUGUUGAAAGUGGGCAGCAUUACUGGGAGGUGAGAGCCCAGAAGGACUGCAAAUCCUACAGCGUGGGAGUAACAUAUAGAAACCUGGGGAAAUUUGACCAGCUGGGAAAGACUAGUUCAAGCUGGUGCAUCCAUAUCAACAACUGGCUGCAAACCACAUUUUCAGCAAAACAUAAUAAUAAAACCAAGACUCUAGAGAUACCUGUUCCAGACAGAAUAGGAGUAUACUGCGACUUUGAUGGAGGUCAGCUCGCAUUUUAUAAUGCAAACUCAAAGGAGCUGUUACACACCUUCAGAACAAAGUUUACCCAACCAUUAUUACCAGGCUUCAUGAUCUGGUGUGGUGGGCUUACAGUGAGUACUGGAUUGCAGGUGCCAAGUGCUGUGAAAACGCUCCAGAAAAGUGAAAAUGGGUUGAGUGGUUCAACAAGCAGCCUGAACAAUAUUGCCUAGUAAUGUCUAUUAAACACUUCUAUUGCUGAAUGGUUUUUUUUCUGUGUAGCUGCUACUCACAGAAGCUUGUGAGCAUUGGAUUAAACUGGGUUUGCUACCUACUGCUGUUUAAGGCCUGGGUACUAAUAGUGCAAAGGUUUGGGGCUAAAGUGUUAGGAACCUACUAUGAAUCCAGACAGAAAUGUCAGACAGAAAACUGAACUGUUGCCUAUUUGAAAAAUAAGUGGAGAAAUCAAGAGCUGUAACUAUGUACUUUUCUAAUAAGCAUUUUGUUAUGGGCUUUAGUAUUAAUUUUGUUAUGAAUAAUAUUUUUCUAUGAAGAAUAUAACAUACCAUUUUCUUAGCUCUCCUAACAUGAAUUACUUUACUAUAUAUUUUAUUAUUACUGGGCUUCCCAUUAGAACUUGUGAUAUCAAACAUGCAUUUCAAAAGAAUAUUGAUUUGCUAGCCUAACCUCGCAAAAUAUCACAGCAGUAUGAUUUCAAAAGAACGUUAUAAGAAGUUGUAGGCCUGAUAUGAAGAAACAGUAAGAGCAGUCUGAUUUUUUUCUUAUACAAAAUCUUCCUAUUUCCCAUGAUUAACUCAUUUAAAUAUCAUAUAUUUAGAGUUUGGCUCCCGUUUAUCACAAAUUACAGAAAAUGUAAAAAUUUAAAGGUAUUUAAAAACAUCCUUAUGUCCUCAGUGAAGACGCAUUAUGAUAGCCAGCCAUUGAGCUAGGAAGUAUUUCAGGUAAGAGGUUCAGAACCAAAGAUCCAGAGCUUUUUAAAAACUACAGCGUGGUACUGCUCUCUCAGAAGCUCUUAAUUUUGGGUCAUCUCUUGGCUUUCCAGUUUUGUGGCGCUAUUCUGAUUGGAUUCUGAUAAUCAGCAAUUCACAUUGUUCAUCAGAUGCGAAUGGCAAAUUGAAUCUUUGUCUGCCAAUAGCAAAGCUGCAAUGCAGCCAAGGCUGGGAACAAGGGUGUGAGAGCUUCAGUUUAAAUGCAUCUCCCCAGAGAAGAUGGGGGUGGGGUGGGCUGGUGGCUAUUGCUAAAACAUCUUUCAGCUUUUUCUCAAGCCAGCUUCAAGGCUGGCUAAGACUUCUCGAACAGCUGUCUCGAUAUCAAAGCUGGCUUUGAGCAGAAGCGGCACAAAAUUCCUGGUGAUAGGGCAGUAUCCUCUGAGUCCAGGUGCACGCUUCUGCUACCUGUUUUGACUAGCCUAAUGAGGAUUCCUGGAACUUUGUGGAUAAGCAGAGAAGUCCAAAAAUGGCAUGAUUUCUGUAUCCAGCAGAAAUGUAGCUUAUAUACAUAGCAUCCCACUCCUAACUUGCUACUUUGUACCAUAUGCCAUCUAUAUGUGGCUCCAAGACUGGCUUUCAGAGGAUCAUAUUCUGAAGGAUCUCUUUAUAGACUCCAACUUAACGCCUUCCCCUUUUUUAAGGGCAAGGAAAAAGUGGAAAGUGAGCAAAUGCUUUGCCAGCUAACAUACAAUCUACUUCUGGAUCUGUGGUUAUACAUUUUCAUUCACAGAUCAAGUGAAACGUUGAGCCUGGGUGUUCCAUCAUCUCAGCUCCUAGUUGGAAGCUUAGUAACAAUAGUCGAAUGAUUUGUAAUAGUGGGAGAGCUAAAAAAAAUCAUGUUAUAUUCUUUGUAGAAAAUCUCAACUUUUCAAUGAGAAUUACUUGUGUAUUAUAGACUGUUUAAAUCUGCUUUCUUCCCUCUAAUCAAGUCCAGGAGCCUAGGAAUAAUUUUCAGAUACACACUUGAAUCAACUGUUUCCUAACUGAAGAUUUUUUCCCAUUAUCACUUAAACUGUUUCAAAUUCAUGCUGAUAGGGUCCGUAAUGAAUUGGCCCCCUUCCUACAGGGCCAAAGUACUUUUUCUUCUGUGUAUCUUUUAGUCUGUAAAAAAUGACCAUCUAACUAUGUUAAAUCUUGUUAGUAGCAAUGGGUCCUUUGUGUCCAUCAAGAUUUCUCAAGAGGAGGAGAAAUUCCUUGAAACAACUCAUAAUAAACUGGUUAUGAUGUUCAGUGGAAAACUUAAAUUUUCUUCUUAAAAUUAAUACCUACUCUAAAAAGCUUUGUUUCUCUUGAGAAAUCAUGAAGUUGACAGGGCAGGUGAGCCCUUAAUAUUCAUUUCUUACCUGGAACUUGAACAUCUCUAAAUAUUUGCAUUGUGAACGAAGUUAGCUGUAAUGUCUUUUGCGGAGGAAAGUGCAAAACAAUUCCCAGUUUAACUGUACCUUCCUCUGCCAGUUUAGUGUUUUGGGUCUUGAAACAAAGAUACUGGAAGGCGACACGGUUCUUAAAUGAACAGUGACUGAAUCUGUUUCAUACCUUAUCUGAGCUUAUCUACAGAUGUUGUUAUUAUCCAAAUAGUCUGUGUAGUAAUCUUAAAUACUUCUUCCUCAUUUCUUUCUUUUUGCUGCAAUGAACACCUGACUGGGAGUUAGGGGCUUGGCUGCUACGAAUUCAGUGGUAUGUGAGGGAGUGAGACUUGCGUGCUUGGACCCUGGUGGUGGUUAGAGAGAAAAGGGUUAAGACGGAUGCUUCUUGUUUUGAGACUUGUUCUGCUGAACAACUGUGGUAAACAGACAUCGAAACAGGCUAGUACGUGAUCACGCUGCCCAGUCAUCAGCUUGAUCUUGGGUGUUCAGCUACAGUUCCUAUUUCAAUUUCCCUUUUUGGAAAGAAAGGGAAUGUUUACAAUAAGUUAACGUGUAGUGAGAAAGAACCACUGUAAUUCCCAACCCUACAGAAGAGCAUUUAAAUUAUUAAGUUUUUUUAGCAAGGUGUAGUGCAACCUGCAAGGUAAAUUUGAUAUGCACAAUGUAAAAAUGUAAUUUUUCUUUAACACUUAGAAGAAAGCUUGAAGUAUUUCCUACUGUGACUUGUGACUUGCAAGUUUUAGUUUAACUGAUGUCCUAGAUGAACUUAACAUGUGACUUUUUACCCUUAAAGGAUGAAUUUGUUAUAUAAUAGUUUGCACAGAUGUCAAAUUUUUGCUGCUAACAGCUAGUCCAAUUCUUUUUAGUAAAUGGGGAUAUGAAGAAUUGCCUUAAGCACUUUAGAUUUUUUUUAGACUACUCUUUUUUUCUGAGCUAGUGUCUGUCCAGUACCAAUAUAUUGGUGAUACUUUGUCGCAGUUGGUGCACUGUUUGUACCUGCAGCUAGAGAGGGAUGCAUGCAGCCUGUGAAGUUACUUUUUCCUAGGGGAAACCACUUCAGGAACUGGAGGGGUUGUUCUUUGGCAAUGGAUUAGACCUUUUGAAGGUCUGUCAUUUUGCCCUGUGGUUAACAUUAAGUAUAAUAUGCCUGGUGACUUUAAUGUUCCCUGAGUCUCUCUGCUCUGGAGUUGAUGCUGUUUGGUGGCUAGACAGGAGUUUUCUCUAUGACCAAAAUGAGAUUUUUUAAUUUUUUUUUUAAAAAUACUGAUUACUGGUAGUCUUUCAGAGUUAAAAUAACUUCAGAAUAACUUGUGAGGAACUGAAGGUUUCCCUUGAGUUCUUAAUACAUCAGAAGACUGUAGCUUUCAUUGUUUCUACAGAAAGCUGUAUGAGCUGCAGCAAGGGAUGUUAAUUUCAGAACGGAUGAUUUAAAACCAUCCAAGUGAUAGGUGCUUCUCCGAAUACCAAAUACAGAUGGCAGAAGGUGACAGGUUUAUUCUUUAGCCAUCCUCUAAGCAGAAAAAGUAGAAGCUAACAUACAAACCUCCCUCCCCUUGCACUCUCCCACGUUACUGCUGUUUCCUAUUAAGACUGGGGAAACUAACUGGUUCCCUCAGGAAGAACAUCUGACUUAGCAGUAUUUUUGUCUGAUAAGGAUCACAGGUUAUGAACGUGGCGCAUAUUUGAUAGCCUCUCUUGAGCUCGAACAGUCUGAACGCCCUGUUGGAAGGGGAAGCCUGGAUGGGGUUUUCCCUCACGGUCUCGGCACUAGGCUGAGCAGGGGCGAUCCUCUGCUGCCUGGUGCCCCCGCCGCCGCCGUGCAUCGUCCUGCAAGGCCUGUCCGUGCAGCCGCGGCCCGGGGUUUACCCAGCCAUCGCUCGGCCGUACCUCAGGUAUUCUCCCUCGGCGCUUCACCCCUCGCCCCUGCGGAGAGCACCCCCAGGAAGGAGGAGGCGUCUCGCUGGUGUGCAGGGGUGCCGUAGGGCCCGCGGAGCAUUUCGAUGUCUUUGCCUUGUGUGUGAUGCGAGCUUUUUGUAUUAAUACAGAAAUUUGA